AAAGAGUUUCACUUUCUAUGAAAUAGCUGAAGGAUUUGUAGUCAUUUACACUUUAAAAUGUGAACUGUUGAAACCUUUUCACACUCUGUAAUAACUUAGCUUUACUUACAGUCAUCAUAGACAAAAGAUAAGAAAAAAUAAGAAAUUUCCUGUUUCAGGGUGGAUUUUCUCCAGAUGGGAGGUGGGUUUGGUCACCUGACAAGACUACAACCAGCUGGGUAAACAUGGCGUCUGUCUCUGAAUGUGAAAAUUAAAUCUGAGCUUGUGUCUGUUAGCGGUGUUUCUGUCGCUCCGACGCGCCGCAUUAGAGCCGAAAACACAAUGACGUGAUGGAUACGACGCAUGAAGACAUGAGGAGGAGAAGGACGCUGCUUUGUAUUUUGACUCUGUGCACAGCUUGAAUGGUCUGAUGCCUGCUCGGAGCCUGUGACUGGCGCAAGAUAAUUGCUUUUGUUAACAGAGACACUGACUUGUAUUUCUGCCGAGGUGCCUAUUUUUAUUUUAUCAGACAAAUAUCAACGCUCCUGUUCUGUGGACUGGCCCUUGCAGGGGUGCAGCUGUAAUUUGGGCACCCUAUGCUCUGGGACCCCUUUUUAAAUAAUAUAAUUUAUCUUGAUUUUUUGUGGACCCUCUCUUGCUGGACAAUGUGAGAGCAGAAUGAUCAAUCUGACUGUACUCUGUGCCGCUGCGCUCUGACAGCUGGUUUGUAACCGUUAGUUGAGCUGCACUGUGUGUUGUGUGUCUCAUGCCUUGCUCAACAACACCACUAUGAUAGGCUCACCUGACCUGGUGGCUUUCACUAAAGAGGACGAAUAUGGGCAGACCAGUCCUGACCCCUGGGCUCUCCCUGAGGAGUUCUCUGUUCCCCUCUACCCGCUGGCUGACUCCAACCCCUGGGCAAAAACCUCCUAUGCCAAGUUCACCAAAGACUUCAUCCUCAUCUCUGAGUUCUCUGAGCAGGUGGGCCCUCAGCCUCUCCUCACCAUCCCCGAUGACCCUAAAAUCUGCGGCACCUUUGAUCUCAACUACUUCUCCCUGCGGAUCAUGUCAGUGGACUACCAGGCCUCCUUCGUGGGGCAUCCACCUGGCAGCGGCUACCCAAGGCUCAGCUUUGUGGAGGACUCCAGGGUUGUGCUCGGCGACUCGAAGGAGGGGGCGUUCGCCUACGUCCAUCACCUUACGCUUUACGACCUGGAGGCGAGGGGCUUUGUGCGACCGUUCUGCAUGGCGUAUGUUUCAGCAGAUGAGAGAAAAAUCAUGCUGCAGUUUCAGGAGCUGUCCCUCCGCUUCUCACAGGCCUCUGAGUGUCUGAAGGCUGGAAACAGGAGAGCCUUUGCCAAGGAACUCCAGAGGAAGCUCCGAGACCUGGAGUACACUCACUCGGUGCUGCAGAGGGAGGAGGGCCUGCAGCGAGAGGCGGGCCCUCAGCGCAUGUACUCCGCUCACGCUGUGGAGAAGGCCAACGAGCUUGCAAAUGUGGAAAAGAGCAUCUAUGAACACAGAGACCUGCUGAGACAGAUCAGCUCCUACCCUCACCGCCCGCGCCGGGAUCCUCACGCUGUCACCUGCCAGAAGUGUAUGAACGAGUGCUUGAGGGAGUGUGAGGCGCUGUUAGACAAAUACGCCAAGCUUGCCAACCCCUUCAGUUACACCAACAAAGGAGAGAAGAAGGAGGAAGGGCAGGCUGAUGAUGGAGGAGGCGACGAAGGAGGGGACAAGGAAGAGGAUGAGAACGUUAAACGCAGGCCGUCCUACACGCCACAGCUGAUCAAAGCGAAGUCCGCCAAGUGUUUUGACAAGCGCCUGAAGACCCUCCAAGAACUGUGUGACGAGACUUUCUAUGAUGCCACCGUGGAGCUCCUGAAGGAGACAGAGAGGAGUUUCCGGGGCGACUUGUGCUACCUGCACACUCGCCGCCUGGACAGGGCGCUACGAAGGAAACAGAGAGUUACCAACUUCCUGUUUGAGGAAGAUCUCGGUGAUGAUGAUGAGGUUGAAGGGAGAACACUAAGACCAUUCUGUGCUGUGAACCAUACUGUAGACAACUACUCGCUCUUAAAUCCGCCUCCUAUCGUGCUGGGACCAGAGCCUUUAGAGCUCGACUCUUUGGAGCCUCCGGACCCUCUAGACCCAGCUUCCGAGACCAGCCAUACUCAGGAGAGUGAGCUUGGGCUUGAAGAGAGCCAUCUGGAAUCUUCCCCCUCAGACCAGACUCUGGAGACCCAGGAGAGCUCGGAGGAGACCAAAGGCAGCUUUAGCAGUGACAAGAGCGAGCUGGGACAAUCAGAAAGGCAACAGAAUCUGGCUGGUAUGAAGUCAGAAAAUCCUGAUCCAGAUCCUGAUUCUGAUUUGAUCCCGGACCCAGACCAUAACACUGACCUAGAGAGAGAGAGCAGCAGUGAGGAGAUGGAGACCGCUGCCAGAGAUGAUGAAGGUGACAACGAAGGAGACCAGAUGCCCAUCUCUUUGCUGGAAGUGGUCUCUGAGCCGGAGGCCAGCAGAGAGGAUGAGUGUGAGGGAGGAGCUGAGGAGGCGUCUGAGCUGUUGGUUCCAUUAGACACAGCAUGCUGUAUGGCCCAAGAGGGUUUCCUUUAUGAAGCUCCUGCACCAGAGGUGAUACCUCGUCUGAGCCAAAGCUCCCACCCACAGCCCCUCUCUCAAACCCUGGUGGUCAACCAGGAGCCCCAGGCCCUGCUUCCACUCCAGGACGACUACGCUGUGGGUUCCCCGAGUUCAGAAAGCCCCGCAGCUGGGCUGGAGCUGCCUGUGGGGCUUCUGGGAGAUGCAGUUUCCCGCAUCUCAGCGGAGGACGGGUCGGACUGCACCAUGAGUGCUUCUACAGGGUCUGAUCGGGCCGCCUCACCGCUCGGCUACGGAGGGAUGGUGACCCUGCGUCAGAGGAAGAAGGCUGGACAAGCAGCCUUGAGGUUUGUGCGACAGUACCCGUUUGCCAUGCAAGCUCUGUGGUGUCUGCUGAGUGGCAGGACCCUGGUGGUGCUCGGGGCAGAUGAGGGGAGAGUCCGCCGGCUGGUUGCUGCUCUGGCCCUCUUUGUGCCCGGUCCUGGGAAGUGCGGAGAGAGGGUUCAAGCUUGGCUGUCCUGCCCGUUCACCCUCACUGACCUGCAGAGGUGGAAACUUGUUGGAUUGCAAAGAGUGGCGUCCCCUGUGGGUUCCAGCAUGCUUUACUCGCUGUCCCGCUACAGUCGCUACAUCUCCAUUCUGGAUGCCGACCAGAAGACCUUGCGCUGUCCGCCGUAUCGCGGCCAACUUCUUGCCAACAUAGCCGACCACCGCACCUACGUUCGCCGUGGCUCCACCUACUUCCUUCAUGUGCAGAGCACGCUCUGUCGCCUGGCAGCCAAGGCCUUCCUGUUUACCUUCACCCACCACCUCCACCUGCCGGUGAGCUCCACGGAGGGGCCAGAGGGCGUGGAGGGCCGACGCUGCUGCUUCCUGCAGGAGCAGCUGGGGCUGGGCGAGGAGGACAGCCACAUACUGCUCUACCUCAGCCAGCUCAUCACUCAGCAGUACCUGCAGCCCGCCAAUGGGAGCAGUGCAGCAGCACCUUGUUUCAGUUUUAACUACACUACCAGCGUUUUAUACAAAAUCUAAUAUUAUACUGGGAGGAGGAUUCACACACAUUUUAGCAGGAAUCAUCUGUGACCCUUUGGUCUUUAAUGGACCAAAGGUGAUCUCAAUAAGGUCUAAGAUCAUUUUAGUUUCAGAGCAAACUGGUUAUUGUUUUAUCUGUGUAAUCUCUCUGCCUUGCUGUUUUUUCUCUGGUCUCACUCUUUCCUCUGUGUGCAGGAAAAAAAAGAGACGGAGUGAGAAGUGAAUGUCAGUGAGUGGUUUACUUGCGUGUGUUUGGUUCAGAGCAUGUUGACACACACACACACACUAACACGCACACACACAUAUAUAUAAUGUUGACAGAGCAGAUGAAGGUCGGCUCUACUUAUUGAGCCAUUUGUGUGUUUUUCCCUUCCAUGGAAAUUAAUGGUACUCCUGCUGGCUUGUUUUAAAGAGGUCAGUCUGCCCUCACACACAUGUUAUUUUUCAUAUUUUUCUUUUCUUUUUUAAUUAAUCUUACAAAACUCAAUCCAUCAAAGGCUGUCUGUGUGUUGUAAGUACUGGUCCAACCUCGGCCAGCCUGCUAACAGGUUAAACACAGCUUUGUGUCAACACUCACCAAUCACUGAGCAGUUUCAUCAGCUCUGAUGCAGAAUCAUCUGAACUAUAUGUAGACAUGUUUUUCAGGAUUGCUGUAACAAACUUGCAUAUGCUGACAUUUUCCGCCUGUGGAGAACAGACGUCCCUCUGAAUCUGUCCGUGACACAUUAUUAGCACCAUGUAGGCUUGUUACAGCUGGUUUUGUGACAUGCGUCUCUUUGAAAACUAAAAGGAACCACAUAACUUCCAAAGGACAAAACCUCUCUGAAGCCUUUCCUUUUUUUUAUUUUAUUUUUCACUCACCAACACUUUCAGUUUCCUCUUUCAUACAUUACUUUCUCUCUCUCACUGUGUGAAUGAAUUCUUGAACGCACAUUCCUGCAGUAACCAUGAAUGUCCAUUUUUGUUCAAAAUAGAGACGCAAUGUUGGAUUUUAACUGAGUAGAUUUGAUGUUUGGGAGCAUGGAGUAAACAUUCCCAGAGGCUGUUUCAGGUUGUGAUGCAUGAAGAGAAGUGUAUUCGCUGUGUGAAUUAGAUCCAGUCAGCUCCGCGUGAUAAUUGCAUGUCCAGAAGAAUAACGUCACCACGCACAUACUCACCCAUGAAGGGCCAGCAGCUGCCAAAACCUGCCCAUAUUAUCUACUGGUGGGCAUUUUCAUGCAUAUGACAUUACACAGUCAGGAGAAUUUUAAAGCUACUUAACCUAAAUGUAUUGAAUUUCACUGUUGUCUUAAAAGUUGUGUGAGAGUGUUGUGGUGUCAGCAUGAGACUGUCUUGUGCCAGGUUGAAUUAUCGUAUUGAUAAUAUUUCUGUUUUGUUAUAUUUGGACAAGAUGCUGAACAGUUUGAAGAGAUGUUGCUGAGACGGUGAUGUUUUGUUUGUAUAGAUUUUUAUUAUGUGAAACAUUAAUUUCCUGUGCCAUCAAAAACAAAACGUUAACACCUGAUUGAGGACAGUUGCCUUCUCAACGAGCCUUUGUUGGAUCUGUGCUAUGAACAAAAAUCAACUGUUGUGUAUUUAUUGCUUUGGUACAAAAAUUUAAAUUAUGAUCAAUAUGCUGACAAUACCCGGAUUUUCUGAUUGGAGGAUGAUGGAAAGCUGCACAAGUAGGAAAUCAUUAUGUUUAAAUCGGCCAGUGAAACAACACUGAAGAAGCAUCACUGAUAGUAUUUUAGAUUUUACUGUUCCUAAUUGUGUGGCGUCAGUGAUGCAGCUGCAAUACUGUAUCUAGGAUGGUAACUGUAUCUUGUGACUACAUGGUCAGAGUUUGGAUCUGAAAGGUCACACUAUGAACAAGGCAGAUUUAGGUUUUAAGGCAUAUUUAUGUCACUGCACUGACUUGAAUCAGGCAAAUUCUUUUAAUUAUUAAGAGCAACCUCACCUUUCAAUCACACCUAAUGUAUUAUUUCAGUUUAGUGCUUUUUUUUGCUGCAUGUGAUGUCUUUUUUUAUCGCUUAAAUAACAUAUUUUUUCUGCUCAGAUGUUGCAGCGGUUGUUUUAUCAGCUAUAGUCCCUCUAAUGCAAAAAGGUGAAUGUAAUCUGAAUAAGCCAUACCACAGUGUGCUUAAUAUGUUGUCACUCAGUGUCCUUAUGUUGCCAUAUCAUGUCUGUUUGCGCACCUUUUGUAUGUCAUCAUGAGGGGGGGCGUUACCGGUGAUUUUUUUAAUAGAGCACGUUGUGAAUGUCUCAAUGCUUUUAUGUAAUGUUGCUGAUAUUCAUUUAUUUCAUUAAAUUAUUUGAAUCCA